CUUUAAAGGUGUUGGGGUUGAAUUAUACUAAGAUAGAUGCAUGCCCCAAUGAGCAUGUUGUACUGGGAAGAGCAUGCAAAUGCCACAAGUUGCCAUGUUUGUGGUACGCCAAGAUGGAAGUCGAAUGAUACAGAGAACGACACACCACUUGAAAAUGGAAAAAUCCAUAGGAUUCCCAAAAAGAUCCUUAGGUACUUUCCAAUAAAAAGAAGGUUGCAAAGGAUAUUUAUGUGCCAAGAGACUGCAAGCUACAUGACAUGGCAUACUAGUGGGCUAGAAAAUGAUCAUCUUUUACAACAUCCAGUAGACGGAAAAGCUUGGAAGGAGUUUGAUUCAUUGUAUCCAAAGUUUGCCGAGGAUCCGCGCAAUGUCAGGUUGGGGCUAGCUACUGAUGGAUUUAGCCCAUUCAAUUCAAUGAGUAUUGCACAUAGUACAUGGCCAGUUAUAUUGAUCAAUUAUAACUUGCCGCCAUGGAUGAUUAUGAAGCCAGAGUUUUUGAUGUUAGCUUUACUUAUCCCUGGCCCUUCUUCCCCCGGUAAUGAUAUUGACAUUUAUUUGCAGCCACUAAUAAAGGAUCUAAAGGAAUUGUGGGAGUUUGGGUUGGAAACUUACGAUUCUUCAAGCAAUCAAAGGUUUGACAUGCGUGCAGCUUUGAUGACUACCGUUAGUGAUUUUCCAGCUUAUGCAAUGUUGUCCGGGUGGAGCACAAAAGGAUAUUUUGCAUGCCCUGAUUGUCAAUAUGACACUGAUUCUGAGAGAUUGCCUUUUAGCAAAAAGAAUUGUUAUAGGGCAACUCGUAGAUUUCUUGAUCCAGCUCACCCUUGGCGUUAUGAUAAGAGGAACUUUGACGGAGUGAUUGAGGAAAGAAGUGAGCCUAUUCCUUUGAAAGGAACCGAUGUUGAGUAUAUGUUGCGUGAUUUUCCAAAUGAAUUUGGAAAGAAGCAAAAGAAAACAAGGGGUGAUGAGGAUGAUCCAAUUCCUUGGAGAAAGAUAUCCAUUCUUUUCCAGUUGCCAUAUUGGAAGCAUUGUUCCAAUCGCCAUAAUCUCGACGUAAUGCAUAUUGAGAAAAAUGUGUUUGAUAAUGUUCUUGGGACAUUAUUAGACAUACCUGGGAAGACUAGAGAUCAUGAAAGUGCUCGUCGAGAUUUGGUAAAAAUGAAAAUCAUGCCGGAGCUUCAACCAAAGAAGGUAGAUGGUAGCGAGGUAUUCCCAAGAUCUCGCUUCUGGAUGUCAUUGGAACAAAAACGCAAGUUCUGCCGAGUCAUAAAAAAUGCUAAGUUACCACAAGGCUAUGAUUCUAAUAUUUCUCGAUGUGUGCAAGUCGAAGAUCGGAAAAUCACAGGCUACAAGAGCCAUGAUGCUCAUUUUAUGAUGAAUUACUUGCUCCCUAUUGCUGUGAAAACAACAUUACCCAAAGAUGUUGCUACACCGUUGAUAAGACUUUGUGGUUUCUUCAAAGGCAUAUGGAGUAAAACUAUUGAUCCUCAACAUCUCGACCGAUUCCAUUCUGAGAUAGUUGAAGCACUUUGCAUGCUUGAGCGGAUUUUUCCACCUGCCUUUUUUGACAUAAUGGUGCAUUUACCUGUACAUUUGGUGAAGCAAAUUAAGUUGGGCGGACCUGUUAGUUCAAAUUGUAUGUAUGGAAUUGAGAGGUAUCUUCAUGAGUUAAAGUUGGAUGUUCGAAACAAGGGUCGUCUAGAAGGAUCAAUGGCAGAAGGUUACCAAGCUAAAGAAUGUAUUGCUUUCAUUGCUAGACAUUUGAAACAAUCAAACAUAUCCACACAUGAUGUCAACGAGUGCACUGCCUCACAAUCAUUUUUACCUAAGAUAGGACGUCCUAUCAAAGGAAAGGGAAGGACCUCAAAGAAAAAGCAUUGUGGACACAUGAUUGAUCGAAUUACAUGGGCACAAGCACAUCGUUAUGUCUUAUUCAACUGCGAUUGUGAGGACGUUGAGAGAUACAUAAAUGAACACAAGAUGUGUGUAAGCAGUAAACAAAAGAGGAAAUGGAAUAGUGCACAAGACCAUAACAAGGAUUUUAUCGAUUGGUUUAGGGAAAAAGUUGAGUUGGAAGUUGAAGAAGGUCAAGAAAUUAUCUCGGACCAUCUUUUAUGGUUAUCUAAAGGACCUUCUUAUGUGGCCAAAAAUCAUACAGGUUACUCUGUUAAUGGGUAUAGAUUCCAUACAAUGAAGCGUGAUGCAAAGUGUGUAACUCAAAAUAGUGGAGUCACUCUCACAGCAAUAACACAUAGCUCUGCGAGUUCCAAAGAUCAAAAUCCUGUAGUGGGAGACGUCAAUUAUUAUGGUUCAAUCCAAGACAUUGUUGAGAUAUCCUAUCAUGGUCAUUUUAGUGUUGUCUUAUUUAAAUGUGUGUGGUUUCACUCGGAAAAAGAUGAUGAUGAGCUUAUUAUGGUUAAUACGAAUAAGAAAAUUUCUGUGGGAGAGCCAUUUAUCUUAGCAUCUCAAGCACAUCAAGUAUUUUUUGUAGGAAAUUUAAAUAAAGAGGGGUGGCAGUAUGCUGUUCAAGUCCCUCCUAGAGAAUUGUCUGACGGUAUUAAAAUUACUUUUUUUUUCAUCAUAUUUUAACUUAUUUUUAUUUUUUAAUUCCUUUCAUAUAUCGUUUUGACCUAUAUGUACAUGCCUUUUCUUUUUAACAUUCUUUUUAUGG